AUGGCCAACCUAUUCGGAACCCUCAACCGCUUCAUCUCCCGCCUGGACUCCGACCCCAGCAGCACCACCACCACCACCACCACCAACCAACACUCAUCUCACUCCGGCACAACAUCAGGCUCCGGCUUCCAAGUCCUCCGCAACACCUCCCCGGACCUCCCACUAGAACCCUGGUUCGACUUCAUCAUCGGCAUCAACGGCCGCAACAUCGAUAACCCGGACCCCGCUCUCUUCGCCACCGAAAUCCGAAACUGCGCCGGUAGCACCAUUUCCCUGGGCGUCUACACCGCCAAAGGCCAGACGGUGCGAGAGUUGUAUGUUCCUAUCCCACCUCCUACUACUACUACUACUCGGGAAGGCAAAGGUUCCGGUCUAGGUCUAGCGCUACAAUGGGGUUCCCUAACCCAAACAAACGACGUCUGGCACAUCCUAGACGUCAUGCCCAACUCCCCCGCCGACGUCGCCGGCCUCCUCCCUUACGGCGACUACGUAAUCGGCUCUCCCGAUGGCCCCUUACGCGGCGACGCCGGCCUAAAUAGUCUGAUCGACUCCUUCACGGAUCGGCCACUGAGACUGUUCGUGUAUAAUCACGAAUACGACGUCACGCGACUCGUGACUAUUACCCCUUCGAGGAACUGGGGGGGUGAGGGCGCAUUGGGGUGUGUGUUGGGGUUUGGGGCUCUCCAUCGCGUCCCGGCGCCUUUGGGGGAGCCGGCGCAGGGCCCGGGGGAGAUGUUGUUUGAGGCUUCUUCUGGUAGAGACCCUCCUCCCUACAACGCCGCAGGCUCUUCUGCCCCCCCACCUCCUCGUUCUUCUUCCGUCGCGCAGAGCAAUCCAGCCGAUUUCUUCAUCCCCGCCAACGCGGAAACACCAGCCAUAACCACAACCACAUCUUCGGCACCACCUCCACCCCCUCCUUCAGGCCGUGGCAAGGAACCCCCCCGCUCUCACCCCGCUGCUGCGAUACCAGGUCUAGACGACUAUUUCGCCGAAGGCGAAGCUAAAUCCCGGGAAUUGGAGGGGAGUAGGGGGAAUACGCCUAAACCUGGUGGGGUUGGGUUGCCUCCUCCUCCUUCUUCUUCGGCGGCGAAGGGAGGGCCGCCGAGGGGUGUUUCGCCUAAGCCUGUUGUGGUUGCAGAUGUUGCUGCUGCUGAUGAGGACGAGGGCGAGGACGAGGAUAUCGCUUGA